AUGUGGAGUUGUUUAUUCAUUUUAUUCGCCAUAUUUACCAGUGUUUAUGCAAAAACAGAAGAAGAUAUAAAGGCAGAAUUGAUUAAAUUGAUUAUGAAGUGUAACGAAAAUGGAGGUGUUGACGUAACGGAGUUGCUGCAAUUACAACGCUUUAUUACUCCUACUAAAAUGAAAACAAAAUGCUUACUUGCGUGUGCUUAUAAAGCUUCGGGGGUUAUGACCAGUGAUGGAUUGUAUAGUAUCGAACAUGCGUACAAGAUGGCAGAAGAAGUAAAAAACGGUGACGAAAAACGACUAGAGAAUGGAAAAAAAGUGGCUGAUAUUUGUUUUAAAGUUAACCAUGUCACGGUGACCGACGGUACUAAAGGCUGCGAUAGGGCAGCCUUAAUCUUCAAAUGCACAUUAGAAAAUGCUCCCAAGUUUGGAUUCAAAAUAUAA